GUUUUAUGUUAAGAGUGAAAUACACACACGGAUGCUUCAUUGUUUGAAGGACCAAGUCUCUGAAACAUCAGUUUUCUUCUGACUACAUCUUGGCAAGGUGACUAAAAAGGAAGAUGGCAACACAGAGACACAGCAAACCAUACUUCACCUUCCCUGUCGUGAUAAUCUUCUCUUUGUGCCUGCAAACAAGCACAAACCACACUGCUUACCCUGGGGUUACAAAUGACACCUGGAAUCCUCUCAGCCAAAACCUCAGUGGAAGCCAGAACGUAACAGAAGCCAAUACAAAUUCUGCUCUCAGCAUCAAUUUCAGCAGCACAACUGCUUCUGAAGUGGAGAUGAGCACCCUGCUGCCCUUACCCUCCACAAUGGCCCAAGAUCCAACAUCUUCCCCUGCCAGAGGUGCUGUUCCUGCCACUGGAGCACCCAGGAACACCAGCAAACCCAGGGGUACAAUGACAAAAGCAGCAUGUGAAGACAACAAGUCUCUUAUACUGGUUUGCUUCAUCAUAAUAGCAGUACUUGUGCUCAUCUGCACCUUCUUAUUUCUGGCGACAGUUGUCAUAGCAAACAAAAUGUCCCAUCUCAAAAAAACUCAGCAAGGAAAACGCAGGCCCAGGAGCAAUGGUGAUCUGCUGGCAUCUAACAGCUUAUGGCCCACAGCAGCAGGAACAUGGCAGAGGAUCCCUACAGAGACAGCUGGAACUGACUUGGUAAUGCAAGACUUGAUGUCAGGGAGGGAUGCUGCAUUCCAAAGGAAAACCAAAGAUGAAGCAACCGAGAAACUCACCAAAGAAACAGAUAUUGCACAGGAAAAGAAAGAACCAUCAAAGUCCCGCCAACCCGUUUUAAGCCAUUUUGUAGUUGAGAUUUAAUUCAUACCCAGGUAAAAAUUAAUCUUUUGCCUUUUCAACCUCAUUAAUAUAAGGCAAAAACUUAGCUUUCAAGUAACAACAGGACUUUUAAUACAGGGAAGCUAAAUUCAGAUCUCAGGGUUUUCCUUCCAUGACAACAGGAAUGCUGCAGCAAUGUGCAGAUCUGGAAGGGAGGGAAACUGUGUUUAUAUUUAACAGCAUCAAGACCAGUUUUACCCUUGUGACCAGAAAUCACAGUGACAGGAGCUGAAUGGGAGAAAACAAAAGGACAGAAGUCUGCCCAUUCUCAAAGAUCAUUAGGGGAUAAAAAAGGAAAGAACUGUUAGUCCAAUAAAUACACCAU